AUGAAGAGCCUUGCCCGCCCGCCUGCUCUCUUGUCCGCUGGCUCUCCCCGCCGACCACCUCCCCCCACCCGCCAGCCCGCCUGCCCCCCCCCCUCACUCUCCCACCCGCUCGAGCUCUCCAAGCCUCGCGUCGUCAGCUGUCUCUCCAGGCCUCCCCCCACCCGCAACCAGGAGCCUCACCCGCUUGCCCCCAAUAAGCCUCUCAGUCUCAACGACCUUCCCCCGCCCGCCUGCUCCCCUCGGGUCCGCACGCCCGCUGCCUCGCGGAACGCAGAGCUGGGGCGUCGCCCACUAUCUCUCACCGGGCGUCGCCCACUUGCUCUCUCCUCGACGGCCUCGCCCGCCCGCCGGCUCUCGCCGAGCCUCGCUCGCCCCCUUACUCUCAACGACCUUCGCGACGCCCACUGCUUCGCGGAAGGAAGAGGUGGGGCGUCCCCGCAAGCGGGUGCCUUCGCCGUGAGGGGGCGUGAGAGGGAGAGGGAAAUGACGCGGCGGGGCGUUCCCGCAAGCUAG